CCGGAAUUCGCGAACUCUCCGCAUUGAUCGGUCGCAGCCUGCAGGAUCAUGGAGACUAUUCGCAACAUUCAGAAUCCCAUCCCUCCGGUGGUGCUCCAGCCAUCCAAGUGGUUGUCACUCUAUGAGGACUUUGUCGCAAAGAACUCCAGUUCUGUUGGCUCGGUCGAGUCCGCUCUGAGGUCAUUGACCUACAUCAUCCCAGGAAGAUAUCGCGAAUCCGAAAUAACGUCAGAAUGUGUGCACUCCGGAGUCCAACUUCUAUCACUGUACCAUGAUUCUCUCGUGUCGCGAGUUAUUUCCCGACUGCCGUCGACGGUCCCUCGACCACCGCCUACCCCCCAUGCGCGAUAUACUAAAUACUGGACCUCGCGCUCGUCGCUCUAUCAGCGGGUCGCUGUUGCGUUGCAGAUGCUCCAGUACACAGAGCUCCUUUGGGAGAUGACGGCGCGGCGACGCGGGCAGAAGACAAAAUGGCGUGUCGUUGUCUUCCUUGAAUUUGCCAAGGCAAUCUGCCGCCUACUCUUGCUUCGACUGACCAACUCGAGACCGUUGGUCAGCCCUCCCCUGCCAGAGCGGGAGGUGGAUCCACGGUCGACCCAGGUAGAGGAAGACCAGAGUGACUGGAAUGGCAUGGAGACUCCCACGAGCGAGCGCUCUACGGACAUUAGCUGGACCAUGCCUCGCACAGGGCUGUCCUUGCCAUCUCUUCCGGAUGUGAACGAGGUGUCGAACUAUCUCAUCUCGAAGGUUCUCACGGCGGAUGAUAUCAAGCCCCCGAAGACGUUGCUUCACCGUGUCACUGGGCAGGGACAGUUGGCAGAGGUGUUGUAUAUCCUGCGACCAGUUGUUUAUGCAUUGGCUAUGCAGCGAUGGAGCGGAGACCGCCGCAGCUGGCGACCAUGGCUGAUUGGAUUCGGUAUGGAAUAUGGUUGCCGGCAGCUUGCUAAGCGUGAUUUCCGGGAGCGGGUUGCGGGUGGCCUGCGUGGUCUGACUGGACUCGAGCGAGAGGAACUGAGGAAGCGUGGAUGGUCUAUGGGUUGGUGGCUGUUGCGAGGCGCCUUCUACGAGAACAUCACCAAAUCAUGGUUGCACAGCAUGACCGGCAAGAUGAAGGGCAAGCCACUCCUGGACUUGGUGGGCAGUGUUGUCGAGGACUACGAAUACCUCUGGGACAACUACUACUUCUCGACUGCCACUCUGUGAUUUCCUCAUUUCCAGAUUAUCCCUUCACCUUCUCCUCAUGAUACCCAGCUUUUUACUCCACCACUGCACGACUUGAUUUCAACGACACUUGCGUAAUUGGACGCCUCUCCUUUGUUCAUAUUGUAUUGUAUUGCCUUGGAUAUGCCUGAUAGGGUAUCAUCAUUGUUAUAUAUCAGCUUCAUUACGCCUUUUAAUCCUAUGUCAAAUCGAUGCAUCCCAUCAUAUAAUCUCUGCUUGUCGUUGUCCGAACCAGUCUCGUAAGCCAUCCUUGGUAGAGCCUUUCCCAGGACCCGACGCCAAGAGGAAGUCACUCAACAUGCCAUUCCCCUCGUCGUCAUCUGCAGGCCAAUCAACUCGUGCUCCACCCUUCUGCUCAAGCAUCUCCUUCGCAGUACCCCAGCUGAAGCGACACUCGCUUCCCCAACCAAACACAGGAUCCAUGUUGCGUCGGAGCCAGCCGACACACUUGGAAUCCGAAGGGUAGCCACUACCCCAACCCUCUGGGGCCGUGGAGUUGUCAUCGAGUUGUUGCGCCUUGAGAACAGACUCAUACAAGACUUCCAAUGCGACAUCACGCGUCACUUUGGCAGCCACACUAGCCGCACUCACACACGGAUACAACGAAUCGGCCUUCUUCGCCACGGUGAUUUUGAUGGAUGGGAAAAUGCGCUCGAGUUUGGCUUGGUACGUAGCGGGGUUUCCAAUUGUGUCAAUAUAUAUCUCCUGUACAUUGACAGCACGAUCUUGCAGGACUCCGCGAAUGAUCUCGAUUGUCGCGUCCAUGGCCUGCGCAUUGAGGUUGUAGACUGCAGCGCCUGGCUUCAUCAUGCCGGAACCGAUAUCACGCGCAGAAAGAACCUUGAUGGCAUAUCCGCAGGACUCGUAUAGAUUCUCGCCGGGUGUAUUGAUCAGGCGCAUCAAGUUGGCCCGUACGGCGGGCGUGAGGACUUUGCUGUCAUCGAAACUGUGCUCUUGUGCCAGGAGGGAGUGGUGAAGUUCAAGAGGCAGAUAGAACGCGCCGUAUACCAUUGGACCCAGGACUGGACCACGGCCAGCUUCAUCGACACCAAGGACACAUGGCGUAGGCUCCGUUGUCUGUGGAAUUGUGGAGGAUUUGUCGUAGGGUAUAAUUCCGGCCGGGCAGGGCGUGUAAUAUGCAUAUGAGUCUCCGGAGAGUAGACGGGCAGUGUCUAUACUGGGAGGAAUGAAAGACAUGGCAUCAUUGGAUGCAUCGAGAGCGGUAUCCUUGCCCAUAUUGAUAGAGCAGCGUGAUUGUUGGAAAACGGGAAUCUGCAGAAUCAACGUUGAAGAGCGUCCCAAAGUAUGCCGACG